AUGAUGGCUUCGGUGCGAAUUCCGGAGCAAAAAAUUAUACUUUGUGGAGAAUAUGGCGUUGGAAAAAGCUCUAUUUUUCGCCGGUUUGCGACGAAUAACUUUGUGACCACUACAGAUCGAAAAUCGACGCUAGGAUUGGAUCACUAUGGGAGAACGUUCAACGUUGGAGAUAAAGAAAUUAAACUCCAGCUGUGGGAUACCGGUGGCAUGGAACGGGUUGCAUCUGUUACUUCCAGCUACUACAAAUUUGCGGAAGCCGCUAUUCUGGUGUUUGCCCUGGACAACGAAUCCUCUUUUCAUGCCUUGUCUCAACACAUGCUGGACGUUGUGACUUAUGCAGAAAAUGCCAAAAUUUUUCUCGUAGGCAAUAAGGUAGAUCUGGAGUCAAGUGGAGGUGAUCCACCGGUGACUGACGCGGACAUGGAGUCUUUUUGUGAGCAGUGCCACAGUUUAAUCAGCGCAACGUAUAAAACGUCUUGUAAAAGCGGCGAUGGCCUAGAAGAGAUGUUUCGAGACAUUGCCAGCACUCUUGUCGAAUCCAACCGAUCGCGGUUGGAGCUGCAAGCUCUUGAGAGCCAUGGCUUCAAAAUUCAUCCCCCGGAUGAAGUGAAUGAUCCCAGCUGCUUAUGCUAGUACUUCCAGAUGGAUGCCUCAUAAUUGUUCUCUAAUCAAUUGCUCUUACGAUAUCGUGCAUGUUUUUCCUUAGCUUUUUAAUAGCACUAGGCUUUCGUUUAUUGGAAUGACAUGCUGGCGGUUGCGAAAACAUAUUGCAUCCAACAAUGCAAGCCGUCCAUGUAAAUGUAACUUGUAGGCAUUUACUGCAGUAGUCGUUGCUAGACAACAGAGCAUCUUGCAUUCCCCUUGCCAAAUUUACAGACUAAAGCGUGCUUAGCCUUGUAGGCUGAUAGUUUCCAAGCAACGACCAAAAAGUGCCAUUCACACUCCGGAGUAAUGAGGGCUAAGUGAAGAAAAGUUCUGUUGCUCACGAGAAGAAUUUUUCAAAAUCUAACUUGAGUAGAUCAACCGAUCGUUCAUUUCAUCAAUGCCCGGUACAAUCAAACUACUAAACUGACUUGAAAUCAAAUCGAGUGAAUUAGUUAAAUCGGUUUUACUGCGUUUCGUUUGAUAUAAGGGCUUCUGAGUACUAGGGCAAACUAACUUCCUAUGUUUUUUGUCGAUGUACAUGUAUUUAUUAUUCUCAUCAUAUUCAUAGAGCUAUGUUAUAACAUUGGAAUGGAAUAGUAAACCGGUCUUCGUGAUCACUUUGGCUACGUAUGC